UAUAGCCACCCUGCUCCACCACCAGCACAACAGCUGUCUCGCUUCAUUGCCAGUUUUUUGUUCGUUACCAAAUUACUCUUUACACACAGUGACAGUCAUGAUUUUGACGCACAGGUGAACUUGUUUCUCCUCAAAGCGCCUCGACAAGUACUCAACAAGGAAAAGUGAUAGGAGAGUGCAAGAAAAGCCAUCUCUGUUUCACAUUUACCUUCUCAAUCCUCUGUCUUUUAUGCUCGAAGCCGAAUUGGUGAUCAGAGCCAUGUCCAGGAAGAAGGCAGUGAAAGGCAAAGGGAGCUCCAGGAGCCCCAAGGCGUCUCCGAGCAGCGGCAGAGACAGCGGGAGGACGGGGAAGGGUUUGGCCGCCGCUGCCGCUCCAUCCUCCGGACUGGUUUAUCCAAGCAGACCGUCCAUCAGCAACAGCGGAGAGUUUUAUGACAUCGCCUUUAAGGUGAUGCUGGUGGGGGAUUCAGGUGUGGGGAAGACUUGUCUGCUGGUCCGCUUCAAAGAUGGAGCCUUUCUAGCCGGGAGCUUCAUCUCUACUGUGGGCAUCGACUUCAGGAAUAAAGUUAUGACCAUUGAUGCUGUGAAGGUCAAACUGCAGAUUUGGGACACUGCUGGUCAGGAGCGUUUCCGGAGUGUUACACAUGCUUACUACCGCGAUGCACAUGCUCUACUCCUCCUGUAUGACGUCACUAACAAGAAAUCCUUCGACAACAUCAGAGCGUGGUUGGCAGAGAUCCAUGAGUAUGGCCAGCAGGAUGUGGUCGUCAUGCUGCUGGGCAACAAGGCUGACUCUUCACAUGACAGGGCGGUGAAGCGAGAGGAAGGGGAGAAACUGGCAAAGGAGUUUGGAGUGCCCUUCAUGGAGACGAGUGCUAAAUCUGGACUGAAUGUGGAGCUGGCCUUCACUGCUGUGGCCAGAGAACUGAAGCACAGGACCAUGAAGGAACCUGAUGAGCCAAAGUUUCAGCUGCAGCAGUACGUUGACAAAGAAAUGAGGACUGUUGGCUGCUGUCGCUCAUAGACCACAUCCUAUUUGUGUGUAUGUGUGUGUGUGUGCGUGAGAGAGAGAGAGAAUAGGUACCUUCUAUUAGAGUAUGUAAUAAGUUGGAGUCUGGGCGCCUGGGAAAACUCUUGUGUUAUAUUUCUAUCAGUGGUGAUACGGCCAGUAUGCUCUCUCUCUCCCAACCCACCUUUCCUCUGCAACUGUGAAUGUAAUAUAACUCUUAUUUACAUGCAUGCACACACACCCACACCCACACACGCACGCACACACACACACACACACACACACACACACACACACACACACACACACACACACACACACACAGCUAUUUUAUCUUGUUUUUUAAGUCUACUUUGCUUCCUGUUUAAUCUGUUCUGUGCAGUUUUCCAGAAGUGUGAUGUACAUACAGUAUUUUAAAUGUGAUUUUAAUUUAUGCUCUGAAAGCUUUGUAGUUUGUAAAAGCCUGUCUUGUUGAAAGAGAAGUAUAUAGAUACAAAAAAGUAGAUAUGUUUAAUAUUAGAAAUAAUCUUACAUUACCAUAAUAGAAAUGAUUAGAUCUUCUGAACACAUUUGUACUGAUACACUUCUGCACCUAAUGUAAAGCUGUUAAAUGGCACUGUGUGCUGUUUAUGUACAGGAAAUCAUAAGAUAACUGUUUUAAUACUUCUCUAUUUGUGAUUAUCAUACUGAUGUGUCUGUGACAUUUGAUUUGAGCCCUUCAGCCUUUUAUACACAAACUGUUCAAUAUCAGUUUAAAGCUGCUAUGGGAAGAAUUUUAACAUUAACAUAAUCUCCUUUGGUAAUUAUUAAACAUUCAUUAAAUUGACCUCUACUCAGCAUUUCUCAGAUUUAAUGAGAAAUUAGGUGUCAUACUUUGUGGCAAAACAGGAAGAAGGUGUUGUUCUUCCUCCCAACAAGAGAUGUGGUCAUAUUUUUUGAGUAACAAAUCUAAACUUAACCCAUAAUAUAAAGAAGUUGACUUUUAAGUGUAAAUGUUCAUUCUUCGCCCUGACAAAAAUAUCUCAAUUCCAGGUCCACUAACUAGCUUUCUCUCCAUCACAUCAGAAUCAACUCCAUCAGCUUUAAAAUCUAUUGAUUAAAUAUAAAUGGAAAUCCACUGAUUAAGACUGUGAGAUACAGCUGGAAGCUAGUGAGUUGACUUUUUUUUAAGUGUAAUACUGCUGUUUUGAGAGAGGUUACUUGUUAUUCUCUACUUUGUAUCACAGUGAGUUUUCAAUCAUACAAAAUGUGGUGUAAAUGUUUAAAAAUGCUAUACCAAACGUCUUUAUUUUAUUUCUUCCCCUCUCCAGGCUUUAUUUCAAUGCAUAAAAAUGUUAAAAACAACACAAAAUAAACCAGCGUGCAAAAGCAAACAUGAGCACAGCAGUUAUAUAAGGUGCCACUCAUGCACAACUCUAAUUAAGAACACAUAAUUCUGAAGACUGAACAGCAAAAACGUGCUGAGAAUGUGUUAAACCUGGAGGGAGGUUUUGCUGAACCUUUUUUUUUUGUCAUUUGCUAAACCUUUUCCUGCUGUUCCACAGAGAUGCAGCCAUUGUUUCUAGAUCUUUGCUGAACUAAUGCUGCGAUGUGGCUCCAUCCCCACAGGGAGGGUACAGGGAAUGUAAUUGGAAGUUGGUAGUGGGUUGAUAGAUGCUGUUAUUGUGUGGAGGUCUCAAUAGAAAUACAACAAAAGUUGCAGCAUUCAUAUGUGAAGGAGGCUUUUUCAAAAAGCUGCCACCAUGAGAGUCUAUGAGAUUUUUGAAUCAGUAAGAGAACAUACUUUCAUACUGCUGCCUGCUAAUGUUGAAAUACUACAAAUUUUAUCAUAAAACACUAUAAAUACAGUUUGUAUAGUUUAAUUUGCUUACAUUAAAUGGUUACACUUGAUAUACAGAUUUUACAGUACAGUAUAGUAGAUAAGACAUUUUUAGAAUAUAUCAGAUAUCCUUAAUUUAUUGUUAACUUGUAAUCUGUAUACUGUAUCUGAACUGAAAUGAUUUGUAUUGUACCAAUCUCCAGUGUUCACA